CGGAAACCUCUUGAACGGCGGAGACGUUCCUGCUGCUUUUUAUGCAGCUGAAGCAGGUAGUAUACACGUCCGCGUGCCUUUUAUUGACAGAAGAAGGUUACAAGACAACUCUGUAAUGAAGUUUUUGAGCAGAUGAAGUAGUAAGGGGGAUGAGACAUGCCCAGACAAACUGUCACUAUUAUUGUGGCUACCCUGUUGGGUGUUGCUGCAGGAGGUCUGGUUCUCUGGAAAGUCAUCUGGGGUCGGAAAGAAAAAACUUGCAUCACACUUAAUCAAGGAGCUGCAAAGGAACAAGAACAGGAAGAUCACCCAGAAGAGAAGUCUCCUUCAUUCAUCUCAUCUCCCACAAUCCCCUGGGUGGAUAAGAUACUUGGGGCAGAAGUAAUGAUCAUUUCUGAGGCAGAGAAAUGGAAUGAAGUGGAACCUUUGCUACAAAAGGAGUUGGAAUGUUGUCCAGUCCUUGGAAUUGACUGUGAGUGGGUCUCAGAUGGGAAAAAGACCAAGCCUGUCUCUCUCUUGCAGAUGGCUGUCUCCAGUGGUCUUUGCAUUCUUCUUCGCUUGCCCAGGCUAACCAGUGGUGGACAGAUUCUUCCAAAGACUUUGCUAGACAUUCUGGCAGAUGAUAACAUCCUAAAAGUUGGAGUAGGCUGUUGGGAAGAUGCCUGCAAGUUACUCAGUGACUAUGGUGUAGCAGUCAAAGGGACUGUAGACCUUCGAUAUCUGGCCAUGAGACAGAGUAAGGCCCUUCCCCCAAAUGGGCUCAGCCUCAAAUCUCUAGCGGAGAGGAUCCUGAACUAUUCACUUGACAAGUCUCUUCACCUAUGCUGCAGCAACUGGGAGGUAGAACAGCUGACUCAAGAACAGAUUGCUUAUGCUGCCAGAGAUGCCCAGGUGUCAGUAGCUCUGUUCCUCCACCUACUGAGAUUACCCUUCCUCUCUCAUAUAUCAGAAAGUGCAUAUGCUCUUCCUGGUUGGGAAAAGAUCCUGAGGAAAUGUCAGGGUUUGGUUGAUGUACCCUUCAAAGGAAGAAACAGUAGCAGCCCUGGAGAUGAUGAAAACACAGGAGGUGGCCUGCAGCAAAAAACCAGUACUCUAAAGUUGCUAACUAAUGGGCAGUCUUCAGUUAGCCAGCAAGCAAAGGAUCCUCGGAAGCAUAAGCGAAAGCCCCUGGGAGUAGGCUAUUCUGCUAGGAGAUCUCCCCUGUACGACAACUGCUUCUUACACGCACCAGAUGGACAGCCUCUAUGCACUUGUGAUCGCAAGAAGGCCCAGUGGUACCUUGACAAGGGUAUUGGAGAACUGAUGAGCACAGACCCAUUUAUUGUGAAGUUGCGGUUUGAACCUUCUGGGCGCCCUGAAUCUCAAGUGGAUUAUUAUUUAACUGUCAAAGAGAACCUGUGUGUUGUGUGUGGCAAGAGGGAGUCUUAUAUUCGAAAAAAUAUAGUGCCUCAUGAGUACAGGAGACAUUUCCCCAUCCAGAUGAAGGACCACAACUCUCAUGAUGUGCUCCUCCUCUGCACUUCUUGCCAUGCAAUUUCCAAUUACUAUGACAACCAUCUAAAGCAACAGCUGGCUGAGGAAUUUGGUGCCCCUAUUGGCUGUGAGGAGGGUAUUCGCUUGCUUGAAGAUCCCAUCCGCAGGCAAGUCCGUUCAGGUGCUAGGGCUCUUUUGAAUGCGGACAGCCUACCCAAUUCCAGAAAAGAGGAGCUUUUGCAGGUGAUCAAGGACUACUUUGGCUCUGCGAUGGUUUCCUCGGAGAUGCUGCAGGAAGCAGCUGGGUUGGAAACCAGGAUUUUUAAUGAGAACUAUGUGCCACAUGGCCUGAAAGUGGUACAGUGUUUUGCCAGAGGAGGCAUGUGUUCCCUCAUGCUGCUGGAAAGACGCUGGCGCCAGCAUUUCUUGGAUACUAUGCAACCCAAACAUCUCCCAAAGCAGUGGUCUGUAGAUCACAAUCAUGAGAAGUUGAUCCGAAAAUAUGGGGAAGAUCUCCAGGUUGAACUUUCUUGAAGGUUGGCACUUCCAGAGGACUAAUGAGGAUGAAUAGACUGAGUGGAUUUUUGGGAAAUGUCCACAUGUGUCUAUAUGAAUGAGCUCUUCUCUCCGCCCCCACUUCCCAAACAUGGAUACUGGGAUAACAGGGUACCUGUGGAAACACAUCUGUGACAUCUUUGCUUUGUUUUCCCCUUCACAAGCUGCUUGUUAAAUGGCAUGAGGAAGAGGAAUUGAGUUGUGUGAUCUCUGAAAGGAACAUGCCAAGGUAUAUCUUUAGGUGAACUGGCUAUGAUCCCUGGAUAUUCCAUGUUCAUUUUUCAGGAAUGCACUGAGAAGAAUAAAAUUGGUCAAAGCACCAGCACAGUCCAGCUUGACUAUCUCUGUCAAAGGGGAUUCCUCCACAGCAAAGGAUUGCUCAUUAACUAUGUAUUCUGAAAGACAAUUACUUAAACAAUCGAUUCCAUAUAGAUUUUUGAAGACUCUCAUUCAGCAGAUAUUUGAGUAGGUAAAUCCUGUUGUCCCAAACUUAUCAAAUAUUCUGCUCCCGGCAUAACCAGGAUGUUGCAAGACUUGAGCUUCUAUUUCCCUUUGAGAUUUCAUGCAAAUGAAUUCAGAAUUUCUGGAUGUAAUAAUUGAGACCCCUAAAUGCUGGACUUUGAGAAGCAAAACUAGCAGUGGAACCCCUUUUUAAAGAAUUUCACAACCAUAUUGGAGUACUUUCCUAUUUCUUGUUAUCCUCGCUGCCAUUAGUCUCCUCCUCCUCCCCCCCUUCUUCUUUUUCCUCCUCCUCGUUUGCACAAGGUGUUUAGACCUAUGGCUAUUAGGAAGCUGACUUGCUGACUUGCUUCACUGGAGGAGUUGGCCAGGGAGAAACAGCCCUGAGGCUGCUACAUGUGCUCUCCCUUUUAUGUUACACUCUCACGUGUUUCUUCUUACCUCACUCUUGACUGGUUUGUCACCCUCACCUUUGGGUCGUCAUCAGGAGAGGAGAGCUGGUCUUGUGGUAGCAAGCAUGACUUGUCCCCAUAGCUAAGCAGGGUCUGCCCUGGUUGUAUAUGAAUGGGAGACUUGAUGUGUGAGCACUGCAAGAUAUUCCCCUUUGGGAAAGGAGCUGCUUUGGGAAGAGCAGAAGGUUUCAAGCUCCCUCCCUGGCUUCUCCAAGAUAGGGCUGAGAGAGAUUCCUGCCUGCAACCUUGGAGAAGCCACUGCCAGUCUGAAGACAAUACUGAGCUAGAUAGACCAAUGGUCUGACUCAAUAAAUGGCAGUUUCCUAUUUUCCUAUGUUCCUAUCUUCUUGCAAAAAAUAAAAAAAAUAAAAAUAAAAUCUUCCCUUUAUUUUAUUAUUCAGUUUCUAUACCACCUUUUAUAAAGGUUUCUAUGCCACCUUUUAUACACAAGUUAAAAUACAAUAAAAUUCCAUAAAAAAUCACAUAUAAAACCUUAAAAUCAGUUAAACCAUAAAAACUAUAAAACACCAAAAAGCAACCAUAAAAAAGCCAACAGAAGCAGGAGAGCUGAGAGGCCUGGCAAGCCCUAAGGGGUAAAAGCCUGAACAAAUAAAAAGGUCUUUAGUUGUUUGUUUAAAAGCAGCCACAGAUGUCAAAAGGCGGACAUUCACUGGGAGAGCACUCCAGAGCCUGGGGGCAAAAACAGAGAAGGCCCCAUCCCACAUGCAUGACAAUUUAACCUCUCUCAAUGUCUGCACACAGAGCAAAGGCCCCUCUGACCUUGUUGGGUGGGCAGAAGCUCCUGGGAGCAGGCGGUCCUUCAGUAUCCAGGGCCCAAACGAGGGUCCUCCAGAUAUCCAGGGCCUUUUAGGUAAUAACCAGAGCCUUGAAUUGGAUCUGGAAAGAACUUGGCAGCCAGUGCAGCUCUUUCAAAAUAGGUGUAAUAUGCUCCGAGCAUAUUGUCUGUCCUUUAUCUUUUUAUCCCUACUUACAGAAUUGCUAUACUGACUGGCAGCUGUGUCCUGUGGUGGCUUUCCAUUCUGCCCUGUGAGCUUGAAUCUGUAUAUCUACCCCUGCUAACUGGGCAAAGAGGCACCUUUUAACGUGAUGAUUCUCUUUAUUUAGCAGGGGGAGAGUAACUGGCCCUAUCCACCCCCAGCACAGUGACUGUUGCUGGUGUCUAUCUGAUGUUUCUUUUUAGAAUGUGAGCCCUUUGGGGACAGGGUUCCAUCUUAUUUGUUUGUUAUUUUCUGUGUAAACCGCUCUGAGCCAUUUUUGGAAGGGCAGUAUAGAAAUCAAAUUAUUAUUAUUAUAAUUAUUAUAAAUCCUCCAUAACCACCAGUUCUGUGAUUCUACUGCUUAUUGCUGUCACCUACCAUUCUGUUUCCCUCUAAAUUUGGCUUUUCCACUAUCAUUACUGCUCUCCUUUCCCUUGCUUCUCUCUUGUGUGACCUGCCUUUUGCUCAAGUUUGUUCUCCCUCCUUCUGCCCCUCUGGCAAUCUUCUACCCACCCACUCUAUCGUUUUAAUGCCUUCCAUGCAUCUACUCCCUUGCUCCCAUUACAAUGGUUUUGUUGUCUGUAAAAUCAUAGCUUGUUUCCUAUAUGUAAAUUUAUUACAUUAACAAUCUGUUUUUAAUUCCUUAAAAAAUAAAACAUAUGUUUCAGUACUUGAAA